ACUUUAAUUCAGUUCAUUUCUGGCGAUCGUGUCGUUUGGUUGAUUUGAGUAAAUUGUACGGAAGUGUGACGACGACGACGGUGUUGUUGCAUUAGCGAAUGCAUUUGCGGCGAACGAGUAGAGGAGCUACUACUUCGAAUGUAUGAAUUGUGAAAGAAGUGAAGAAAUUGUGAAACAUUUUCAAACAAUAAAGUUACGAACUUUUGUGUUACAACAACAACAAAUUGCUUAUUAUAGAAAGAAAAGCAAAUAAACAUGUGAACUCUACCCACUAAUUGGCAAAAAUUGAUUUUCGGCUCAACUCGCGCAAAAUUCUCGUUACAAACCAACCACCACUCUCCGUUGGUCCGGUUUUGUUUUUGGACAGCCCGGUUAUUUGCGUAUAUCUACAUGCGUGUGUGUUGUUGUUGGUGUUGGCAUUGUUGUCAUUUCGUUACGACUCGUUUUCAACAAUUUAUUUUCCAUAAAUAAAUUUGUUAUGCUUUGUUAAAAUUAGUGAACAAGAAAAAAUAAAAACAAAACAUAAAUAGCAAAAGCAAAGCAAAAAGCAACAAAAAAGUAAAAGAAACAUAGAACACGCUGAAAAGUGAAAAAAACAGCAAUAAAGUAUUAACCGAGAGUCAAAGGUAGGCAAAGUGCCGGAGCCAAAAGAAAAGUGAGAGAAUCAUUGUUAGCGACAACAAUAACAAGCUAUAAUGAAGGCAAGUCAAGGCAUAGAAAAGUAAUAAUAAAUAGUGAAAAAAAGCUGAAAUCGAACGAGUUAGAGGUGGAAAAGCGACGUAAACGUGAAAAGAAAACGGAAAAUCAAAAUUUUACGCAGUCAGUCUGAGAGACAAACAAACAACAACCAUAUGUUAUUGUAAUAUUGUUAUUGGAAAAAAGUUAUAAUUUAUUACGAUUUUGUUGUUGCUUGUGUUAAAGUAAAAAAUAAAAACAAAAACAAAAAUGUGGCGGCAGUGCGUUGGCCGGUGAUCGAUGAUGUUGACGGCUUCAACGUUAUAUACACUGUGGCAGCAGACGGUGCACUGCAGCUGAACUGCAUGAAUUUUUCAUAAUAAAUAUAGAAAAAUAAAAAAAUAAAAUUUUAUUAGUAAUAAAAAUGCGCCAUUUUUCGGAGUGCUACAAUAAAAUAAAACAUUAAAAAUAACUAAAGCAUAUAAAAAACGCACUAAAUACCAUAAAAUAAUUCAACGGAAAAUCAUUAAAAUCCUUAAAAAAUAGUUUUAUUAACUGCAACAAUUUUAUUUACACAAAAUUUGUUGUCAAGUUGUACUAUUUAUCGCUUUUGUUUACGAUUUACUUUGCAAAUAUUUUGGUUCUGUGAUAACUUGUGUGCCAAAUUUACUCAAAAUUUUGCUAUUUUUGUUUGGAUACAAAAAUCUGCUUGGAAUUUCAACUAUUUUCUACUAUUUUACUUUUGGAUAACUUUGAAUAACUGCUGAAAACCAUAAAGAUCUGCAAAUUUCUACUUAAUUUAUCAAACGCAAAUGCCGCAAAGUAAUUAAACACUCAACAACGAGAAAAUGGAAUUGGAAAUGUUAUCCUUCAUUUGUCGCACACCGCUGAUUUGACAACACCGCUGCGCCUGCGGUUUGAGCGUGCGUUCGGUCGUACGCAUUGUUGCAUAGCGCGCGCCACUAGCGUUGCUACAGCUACAACUACAGCUACUUACUUACUUUGCUGCACAUUUGCACUCUGCACUGUCUUCAGUCUUCAGUCAGCUGUUGACUGUCAACUGUCACUGUCACAGACAGCUAAAAGUACUCAACUACAAAAAAUUUUGGAAGCGCUAGCGAAUAAGUUUCGCGCGAAAUAUUUAAAUAUAUAAAAUAUAAACAAACAUAAGUCAUGUCACGCACAACGGCACACAACAGUCAUGCGACGCGGCGGCAUCCGCUGGCGUUAUGCAACUCUAUAUUCGUACUCAGCAUCGUGCUGUUGCUACACACACAUAACUGUCAUGCGGACGGCAUGCAACAUCUCGCGGAUAGCGGCGGUGGCGUUGGCAUGGGCGGCAUGGGUCCACAUUCGAUGGAUGUUAGUCCUGCGCCGGGUUAUGGCUUGCCCGCCAUACCGAAAGAUCCGAAUUCACGCUGCGAAGAGAUCACUAUACCGAUGUGUCGCGGCAUUGGUUACAACAUGACCUCGUUUCCGAAUGAGAUGAAUCACGAGACACAGGAUGAGGCCGGCUUGGAAGUGCAUCAAUUUUGGCCGCUGGUGGAGAUCAAAUGUUCACCCGACUUGAAAUUCUUCCUUUGUUCGAUGUACACACCCAUCUGUUUGGAGGACUAUCACAAGCCGUUGCCGGUUUGUCGUUCGGUUUGUGAGCGCGCACGCGCCGGUUGUGCGCCCAUCAUGCAACAGUAUAGUUUCCAGUGGCCGGAGCGUAUGGCUUGCGAGCACUUGCCCGUUCAUGGCGAUCCGGAGAAUUUGUGCAUGGAACAGCCGUCUUAUACGGAGUCGGGUAGCGGCGGUUCUGGACGUGAUGGUUCGUCCGGUAGCGGCUCCGGCGGUUCCGGUGGCAGCGGUGGUAGUGGUGGUGGUGGCGGCGGCGGUGGUAAACGCAAGCAAUCUGGUGCCGGUGGCUCAACUUCACAGAAAUGUAAAGGCAAAAAUUCAAAAAACUGCCAAAAUUCCCUAGGAGAAAGAACAAACGUAAAGGAUUGCACGUGCUCGUGUCGCCCGCCACUCCUACUCCUGGGGAAGGAAGCGCUGAUGCAGCCACCACACAUGCAUUACCCGUGGUACAUGAAUUCAACUGUACAAAGAAUCGCCGGCGUACCAAAUUGCGCGAUCCCGUGCAAGGGACCGUUCUUCACAAACGACGAAAAGGACUUCGCCGGCAUAUGGAUCGCCCUGUGGUCGGGUCUGUGCUUCUGCAGCACACUGAUGACACUCACCACGUUCAUCAUCGACACCGAAAGGUUUAAAUAUCCCGAACGUCCGAUUGUAUUUCUCUCCGCCUGCUACUUUAUGGUCGCUGUUGGUUAUCUGUCGAAGAAUUUUCUACAGAAUGAAGAGAUCGCUUGUGAUGGUCGCUACUUGAAGGAGAGCUCCGCGGGACCACACUCCUGUACUAUGGUAUUUUUGCUGACGUAUUUCUUCGGCAUGGCUUCGUCUAUUUGGUGGGUUGUGCUCAGCUUCACUUGGUUCCUCGCCGCUGGUUUGAAAUGGGGCAAUGAAGCCAUCACCAAACACUCGCAGUAUUUUCAUUUAGCCGCCUGGCUCAUACCCACAGUGCAAUCGGUAGCCGUUUUGCUGCUCUCAGCUGUCGACGGUGAUCCCAUACUCGGCAUUUGCUAUGUGGGCAAUCUCAAUCCGGAUCAUCUGAAGACAUUCGUGCUGGCACCGCUCUUUGUAUACCUCGUCAUCGGCACCACCUUCCUCAUGGCGGGUUUCGUUUCACUUUUCCGCAUACGUUCCGUUAUCAAGCAACAAGGCGGUGUUGGCGCUGGCGUUAAAGCAGAUAAAUUGGAAAAACUCAUGAUACGCAUUGGCAUCUUUUCCGUCCUCUACACCGUCCCGGCAACCAUCGUAAUCGGAUGCUACCUGUAUGAGGCCGCCUUCUUCGAAGACUGGAUCAAAGCGCUCGCCUGCCCAUGUGCACAGACCAAAGGGCCUGGCAAGAAACCCUUAUACUCAGUACUAAUGCUGAAGUAUUUCAUGGCAUUGGCAGUUGGCAUUACAUCGGGCGUUUGGAUCUGGUCCGGUAAGACGUUGGAAAGUUGGCGUCGCUUUUGGCGUCGACUCUUCGGCGCACCGGAUCGCACUGGCGCCAAUCAGGCGCUCAUUAAACCGCGACCGCCCAUACCGCAUCCGUAUGCUGGCUCCGGCAUGGGUAUGCCAGUGGGUUCGGCGGCCGGUUCGCUACUCGCCACACCAUAUACACAGGCGGGUGGCGCAUCGGUUGCCUCCACCAGCCAUCACCAUUUGCACCAUCAUGUUCUCAAACAACCGGCAGCAAGUCACGUAUGA